AUGUUCUAUGCCAUGCUGAUGGACCCCGAUCGUGUUGAGCACCCCGGGAUCCGCAUUGCCUACAGGACGGACAGUCACCUCCUGAAUCAACGGCGGAUGCACUUCCAAUCGCGCGUAUCCACAACCAACGUGCACGAACUUCCCAUCGCCGACGACUACGCCCUGAACACCACAUCGGAAGUGGAGAUGCCACGGAGCAUGGACCUGUUCUCUGCCGCCUGCGAGAACUUUGGGCUGGUCAUUAACACGCAGAAGACGGUGGUGAUGCAUCAACCGGCACCCAAUUCAGCCACAGCCCACAACGCGUCGCCGCAAAUCAACGUGAAUUGA